GCCUAUAGAUUUCCUUACAUUCGGCAAAAUCGAUAUGGUAUCUCAUAAUCGGGGACUUUCCUCUAUAUAUAGCAGAGGCUUGGUUGGUCGUUUCCGAUAUAGAGGAUUUCUCAAAAGUCGACUCGUAUAUCGUAUGUCGCGUGCAAUAUCGGUCGGCACUCGCAAAUGCGUGCGUAAAACGCGGUAUACGCCGGCUGUCUCGUAUUGUUGUACGCUUUUUCGAGCCCAUUGUUCGAACCGGACAGCUCGUAUUUCCUGUUGCGUGCCAGGAUGAGGUUUAACGCUGUAUUUAGGCGCGUGCGACUCAGCACGAGGAAUUUUUACCUUUCACCUACUUACGCACUAUUACAUAGACGCGAAGAUUAAAACAUUUCGUGUGAUGUCAAACAAUACAUGAUGAUUGCGUUGCAUUCGUAGAUUCAUGUUUCUUACAAGGAUUCGAGCCGAUAUCGGAAAGUAGAACUUAAGUUUAUUGAUGACUAAACCCGCAGCUUGAAUAUUAUUGUUUUAUAAUUUGUACGGCAUAUUUCCAUUCUGUAUGUACGACUCACCAUCAGUCAUUACUAAUACUUGCGUUUAACUCAUCAGCUAUUGUUAUUGGCUCAAUUUGCAUCGUAUUAUAAUGUUUCUUACACGAUAGUUUUCCGUAAUACUCUACCUAUGCAAUAAUAAACUUUCUUCCUGAUAUUCCUCAUUGUCCCUCGAUGUACCUCGCUGUCUUGUAAUCAUAAUUUCUCAUCACGUGUUGCGGUUGGGUACAUCGAUGAAAGGAUCGGUUCUUCGAUCCUUUUUCUUUACAUUUGGCUAUCAAUUUCUGUUUCUAGAGUUUCUGUUUGAAGAAUACAACAAAUUGUUACGUACCAAGAUUUAUAGAACGAUGCAAUCAAGAGAGAGUUUUCAAACCUUUUGUUACAGCCUUCGUUAUAGCCUUCGAACACUUAAAAGAUUAAAUCCAGAUGAAAUAGACCUGAGAACGACAAUGAGUUUAAUGCAUCACGAAAGCAUAAAAUUCAAAAACAAUUGUGAAACUAUGUUGUCCUUGGGUCGAAACAGAAGAGCUUUGUUUUAAGGAAUCGAUCGAGGGAAGAUGAAUUCUUGGAUAUCCUUUUUUUUAUCAUUAGAAUAUUAGAAAUUGGACAUAGCUUUAGAGACCAAAGCGAAAUUAUGCCCAGGUUUAAACAACAUUAACUAUCAAUUUACAAUUUAAUAAUAUAUAUAAAAAGGUUUUUUCCAAAUAACGUAGAUUUGUUGAUCUUUAUAAAAGAUAAAAGCAUGAAUUAUUUAAACCGAUUUCAUUAGCGUCAUAUAUACUAUAUAUAUGCAAAAUCAUGUAGAUAUGAACAAAUUUAUUUGGUGAUUAGAAUUCCACCGGAAAUUUCCCCAAUCUCAAUACAGCUUCGGACAGAGAAAGUCAUAUAUUGACAAUCUUGCGUUGUUGUACAGUAAACUCAUAGUGGUAUUUCAUAGUGGUAUGGUAUUUCGGAGGAACGCUACCUGACCGCCACCUUCUUAGACAUACAGACAGCAGUGACAAUGUAUCGUGCGAUCAAUUACAGCACAAAUUGAUGAGAUUUUCUGGACGUUCAAAAUAGUGUCCCAGGAUAGCGUUUUUAGUCCACUUCUCUAUCGGUGCUAUGCCUAUAGCCGUUAAGUUGGAUAUAAUAACAUAAUCCAUGCAUUUUAAUUACUAAUUAUUAUUUUGUAUGUAUUUCAUCAUCAUUUAAUCGGAUAUUACUGUUUGUAUAAUAAUUACUAUAGACGUAAUUAGAGCAAAUAAUGAAUGUAAAUUACAGUAGGCCCUGGCAUGGCAUAAUUCAAAUGAUUGCACCUUCUUGUUUAUAGUAGUGGAGACAUGUGACCUAAUUUCUGCAAGCGAACAAUGUAUGCACAUGCUUCGUAUAACUGUUUGUGGUAAUAAUGACAUUAAUACGGGUUUAGCGUAGCCCGUAAUGACAGAAUGAGAUGUAUAUUUAUAGUUUUCAAUAUCUGUUCGAAUACGUAUAAUAGUUACGUAUUAGGUGUACACACAUUAGGCAUAUAUACAUGGCCGCGGGAAUGCAUUCAUAAAUGACGCUCGCGUGUGCACGAGCGCACGCUUGUUUGCAAUCUCGCAUACCUCCAAUCGUCGUCCUUUCGCAAUCCGCUUAAUGAUCUUGGCACACCUGUUGCAGAAACAGGUGGAUAUGAUCACAUCGAUCAAGGAGGAGUGAUGUUGCGAAGGAUUUCUAUAAAAAGAAUUUAAAUUAUUAUCAUGCUUCAAAAGUUUAUAAAAUCAUUGCAUAAUAUUCGUGUCACUCAUUUAUAAUACAUCCUCUUAUUUUGAGGUUGAAACGCUAACUUUAUUGCUUUCAAUCAAUUUCAAUUCAAGCAUAUCAAGUAUAUAGUAAAGUUGAGUACUUCAGCGAAUAUCUGCGCUUGACAGCAACUCGUAUUAACCAGUUUGUCUUUUAUUUGAAUAUUUUAUAUAACUUUAUCGAAAUUAAUUAAAAUCAAGUUUGAGAAUCUUCUGUAUAGAUAGUUUAUAACGGGAUGAUCUUGGCGGCGCGAUUACACGUGGCGAUAUCAAGACGUACGCAACGGUGAUCCGACGGGGAUAAUAAUUAGCUUGCGCAUGUGAAGAAAACUCUAUUCAAUGAGCGACGAUUUUGCGUAAAGUUGGCUGCAUCGUUACUUAAUCACGAUCGAAUGAUGGAAAGAAAAGGAAAAGGAAGCUGCGCACCGGAAGUUAGCGGCUCCCGAGGCGAUUGGGAAAGAGAGGAACGCGACAGCCGGAAUGAGUUCGAACGCCCAUCUUGCUUCGAGAAUCUAGCCUACCGGAAAUUUGCAGUUACCUUGCGUUCCUUGCAGGGUCGAGCGUUCCGAGGAUGCUUCUGAUUCGCGGAGGGGGAUCGUUAAUUGCUCGUGGCUAAAACGGGAUUUCCAAUUUGUCGCGGAGUUGAUUUUCAUCAAUUGGAAAAGUAAAUUUGGCGGUGGAAGAUAAGCUCAAGUAUUGACAGUUAUUAGUUAGGGCAAUACGCACAUCAGUUUUGUCAGUGAAGAUGGUGGAAUUGAAAAAUGUGAUAUGAUUGCAAUUGAAAGAUGUGUAGAAUUCUCUUAAUAUCUAAUAAGUUACAUCUCACAUUGCGCGUUCCUCUAUAGCAAAUCACACGAUAUAUAUUCUAGUUCUCUUUACUUGUCUUAUUUUAAUAAGUUUAAUUAUUUGAGUUUUAAAUUUUCAAAAUGGUUAAAGGCGAUUCGACAAGCGUCGAAUAAACGCAGCGGUGUUUCUUAUCAAAGUAGCGCUAUGCGCUUCACUUUGACUCCGCGACCGCGAUAACGCGCGUCGCGCACCUGACAGUUCUGACAUACACCGCCGACCAAUACGAGCGACGCGUCCACCAGCGGCCAUCUUGCGCGGUGCCUCUUUCGCGUCCAAGUCGCGUGGCUCUUCGUGGCCGCUUCAGUGUACGCCGCGGCUGUCUGUCGACUGUGGCUGUUUGUACGGUCGGGGAGUAACGCUCUUCGCUAUGCUCGAAUCGUUCCAGUCUCUCUCGAUAGAAUUAAAACAAAUAGAUUUGCAAAUCGAUCGUGACAGAUUGACGAUGGCGUUCGAUGCUCGAUAGUCAAAAUUUUGAAAAACGCGCCCUGAUUCCUCGCAUGUGCGUGUGUGUGUGUGUGUGUGUGUGUGUGACAGUGCACUUCGAUUCGCGCUACGAAAUUACAUAAAUUGCAUUACGAAAAUGACAUUACUCUCGUGACGUUUCUCGUUGUGACUUGUGUUGUACGAACGCACAACGAAGAAACAACGUGGCAUCGAUUCCCGCGCGCGUGUUUCGUCGAUCGCGACGAUAAAUGAACUUGAUCGUAGAUUGAAUUAUCGGCGAAACAGUAUCGCGAUCGUGGUCCAGCAAUUGUCCAGACAAUUUGUCCGGCAUGUUUGUACAACGCCGUCCAGCUGUCAAUUUAUUGUGAUUAUCGAUGCGACAUGAGCAGUUUUUAUAAAUUUCUUACCAGAUGAAAUUCAAGUAAAGAUGAUCCUAUCUUGAUUCUGAUCGAGCAUGACUUCUGCAAUGGGGUUGCAGCAACAGGCUGCAUCCCAGGACACAGUGGAUUUCGCCGGUUAUUUGCAGUCAGCUCAGUGCCAUCAUGGAAAUCAAAUAGAAGGACAGGUGCAAGACUUUCAAAAAUCGCCACAUCGAGAGCACAACAGCAGUUUUACCAGCACGAAAGGUCUUCUUAAUGGUCCCGGACAGAACAAUUGCUUUCUCAACAGCGCCGUACAGGUCCUGUGGCAUCUUGAUAUUUUUCGACGAAGCUUCAGAGAGCUUUCCGGACAUGCCUGCAUGCGAGAAUCUUGCAUCUUCUGCGCGCUCAAGGACCUGUUCUCGCAGCUGCAGUUUUCGCAAGAGAGCGCUCUGCCUCCCGACACGUUGCGCCGUGCAUUGGCCGAGAGUUUCCUCGAUCAACAGAGGUUCCAGCUUGGUUUUAUGGACGAUGCGGCGGAAUGUUUCGAAAACAUUCUCUUACGCAUACAUCUCCACAUCGCAAGCGGCGAGGCUGAAGACAUGUGUAGCGCGAGACAUUGCGUGCCACAUCAGAAAUUCGCCAUGACGCUCGUUGAACAAAGCGUGUGUGGAGCUUGCGGUGCAACAUCGGAGCCACUGCCUUUUACACAGAUGGUUCAUUACGUGUCUGCGUCAGCGUUGACAUCCCAGGCUCAUCAAACGUCAUUAACUUCCAGAAACAGUCCGGAUCUUUUUGGACAACUUCUCCGAAGAGCUGGUGGGAUGGGCGACAUCCGUGACUGUCCGAGUUCUUGCGGUGCAAAGAUUCAGAUAUGUCGGACUCUGAUGAAUCGACCGGAAAUAGUUUCCGUCGGUGUCGUCUGGGACAGCGAACGACCGUCGUUGGAGCAUAUCAUGGACGUUUUCGCGACUGUGGGCACGUCCCUCCGACUUAGUGAUGUCUUCCAUAGCGUGGUAGACUCUCGAUGGGGUGCUUCCACCGUGCAUAAUCUUGUAGGAGUGGUUACUUAUUACGGGAAACAUUAUUCUACCUUCUUUUUCCAUACGAAAUUAAAGGUAUGGAUCUAUUUCGAUGAUGCGACUGUCAAGGAAAUUGGACCACGGUGGGAACAAGUCGUGGAAAAGUGCAGGAGAGGUCGUUAUCAACCCCUGCUGCUAUUAUACGCAACGCCCGCUGGAACUCCAGUGAAUACCGAAAAUGCUCCAAAGACUGUUAUCCCUUUCCCAAAUGGUAGCAGUCUGAAAACGUCCCCGAAGAAUAACGUUCGCCGUUCGAUUACGCCUAGUCCUGAAAAGCCAUCCAUCAACAGCACUGCCAGGCGUGCCAUCACACCCAAUCCUGACAGUCCAUCCCAUCUGUACACUCAACGAACUGUUUACAGUGAUUACCAGAAUCUCACCGACAUUCAGAAUAACAUAUUCGGUAAUCAGGGUGUAGACAUGGUUGACGGUGAUAUAGAAUCAAAAUAUAUUAGCCGCCGCGCCGUGGAAAACGUAAUGCAACAACAAAAGAAACAGCAGAUGCAACUGACACGUAGUUUAAGCGUGGGAUCGGCACCGCAAGAUGGUAUCAGUAUUCCUGACCAUAUGAACGUGCCACGAAGGCGAGAUUCUGGCAAUUGGUCCGGUGACCGGAAUAGCGCGUCCUCGAGUUCGUCAACGACGAUGGACAACACGUAUCUGUAUAUUGUUAAUAAAAUGCAGAGAAACUCGGGUGUACCUAAGAGUCCUAUCAGCAAGUCUGGAGAAUUCUCGAGCAGUAGCAGCGGACAUUAUGACGCUGGCUACGAUUCGUAUUCUUUAUCCUCGACGGAUAGUCUUCCACUUCAGCAGGGUCUAAAGCAUAAUUUGCAGCUUGCUCAAAUACCGGAAGGUUACCAACCCUCUUCCGGCGACGACUGCGAACGAUUAUGCAAAGAAACGGACGCCUUGCUGGAUAAAUCUCGCGCUGCCGAAGAUGCCGGCGAUCUCAACACCGCUGUGGCGUUGUGCAGUGCGGCUAGCAGUAAAGCCAGAGCUGCAAUGGAUGCCCCAUACAAUAAUCCCCAUACGAUCACGAUAGCAAGGAUGAAACAUAAUACCUGCGUGAUGAGAACGAGGAGUUUGCAUAGGAGAAUGCUGCAAGAACAUGUGACUAUCAAUGGUGACAAAGAAGAAGGAGCGGCUGAAGGAAAGCACUCACGAGAGAACAGUAAAUCGGGCCAGCAUUCGAGGCAAAGUUCGCGAGAUAAAGGUAAUCAUUCCCGACAAAAUAGUCGGGAACUUUUAACGAAUGUUUCGACAAUGAUAGUAGAUAAGCCUGCCACGAAGAGCAUCGAGAUUUAUGCCACUCUACCGAAGAAGAAGACACUACGUAGCAAAGCAACGGCGGUGAACGUUAUCGAGGAUGAAGAGUACAUGCUGUACGAUCGUCCAACGCAAAGGACUGGCUUGUUCAGUCGUACGAAACGUUGCGAAGACGAUAAAAAGGAUAAGAAACGCGCGAGAAGUGAGGAGAGGAACAAGAAUGUGUCCAAGGAUUUCUCGAUAGCGCCAUCACGAAUGUCGCCGUCUCCAAAAGGAGUAAAGAUUGAAAAGCCAAAGGAAAUCGUCGAAACUAAUACAAUUCAGAACGUAAGAAAUACGCAACCCAACAAUACAGCUACGGUCGAGCAGAAACAAGGCAAGAAACAGCACAAGAUACGUAGGAAAUUGCUCAUGGGCGGAUUGAUCAAGAGAAAGAACAGGAGCAUGCCUGACCUACGAGAAGGGCAAGAUGGCCAAACGAACGUGAGUGUGGAGAGAUCCUCUAGUACCUUGCCAAAGCAAUCGGUGGAUGAUUCUAGCGUUGGCUUGAAAGGCACUGAUGUGAGCCAAUCACUGAGCGGUUACUUAUCAGAAGGACACCUGGAGUUUACCGGGAACAGUGGACCUGGCAAUACCAGCAAUCCGAAUCUUGAAAGAAGUCGUUUGAUGCGGAAGAGUUUUCACGGCAGCGCCGGCAAAGUGUUACACGUGGCGAAAGUGCCUCCGCCCCCUCCGCUCAGAACCACUUCUCAGCUUAGCAAGUCUAAGUGUUCGGGCGAAGUGCACAACGAGCAGUCUCAAUCCGAUAAGGUUACGUAUCCUUUGCCAGAUGGCCGGUGUGCAUCCAAUCCGUCGCAGGAUCAGGGGAAUGUUUACUGGAAUCACAUGAAUGCGGGCAACACUACUAAUGUGGUAAACAGGAACUCGAAUUACGUCGAUUACUCUUCAGAAUCGCACUCACUGCCAUUUCUACCAUCCUACAGCGAACCAAAUACCAAUAUUUCGGGAAUAUGUCAAACGAGCUACAACAAUAAGCCCAGGAUCCAAGAUGACGUCGUGCAGUAUGCUAAUGGUAUACUUUACGAACCGACCUUCGUCGUUACUCGUGCCGAUGUGCAUAAUGAGCAAAGUCCUGUUAAGCAACAGACACAACCAGAUUCGUUGCCGCCUUAUCCCGAGAACGGUAAUAUUUCACACUCACGACAACCGAGUGAGGAUUUUCCGCCGCCUCCGUAUCCAUCAAUUCACUCGGUAUCACAUUCGAGACAAACUAGUGAAGACUUUCCGCCACCGCCGCCGCCGAUCGACGAGCCGACUCAUCAUCAGGAUACUCAACAACAUCAAAUUCAACCGCAGCAACGCGCGCAGCAGUUUGAGGCGCAGCAAAUUAGCAGUUUGUUGACGCAAUUGCAAAGCAAACGGGAACAGAUCUCAUCUGAGGAUGCAAAUGAGGAGAAACGAUCAGAGGAACACGAGGACGAGGAAAAGUCAUCGAGCGAGACGUGGCUGAGAGAACUACAAGCUAAACAAGCGGAGAGAAAAAUGAAACGGCAAGGAUCAUUAGAUCAGGAUGUUCCAAAAAUCAAGCCGACAAUACAAACGAUUCAAGGACCGACUAUUGCCAGAAGAACCAGUGACUUGAUGAUGAACAGUCUUGGACAGGGAUACGAUCAAGGUCGUGAUGUCACCGAUUGUCCGAGAGUUGUUUCUUCGGUAAAAGACAUGGCCGCUAGAUUCGAACAGAUCAAAUUGCAACCGGUAUCAAAGUUAGAAACAGACAUGAAAUCUCAGACAAAACAGAACGUGAACUGCGUUUCCCCAAUGAUAAUAACAGAUAUGCCCCAGGAAACGAAGACGCUGAUUGAGGAGACAAAAUCAGUUAAGUUAUCUUCGGAGAAUAUUGCAGCCUUUACAAAGACGGAAACUUCUCAGUCCGUUUUGAAUUCUAGUUUUGACUCGAGUUCCAGCCAGAACAGCUUUAUCGCGAUGGUGCCACCGAACAAUUGCAACGUUCAACAAAGUGAUCUAAAUGCUGCGAUAUUAUCAAUGUCCUUGACCUUGCCGCACGAAAAUGGCUUGCCCAUUGAUUACCCGGAAGACGAUAUCAGCGAAGUGGCGAUGCAGAACACUAUUCAAAAUACAACAAUACUGCCGAGCGAGGAGGACAUCGCUCCGAGAAAAGUGAAACGGCGAAUAGGAAAGAAGAAGAGCGUAUCGUUUUGUGAUCAAGUGGUGCUCGUUGCAACAGCGGAGGAUGACGAAAAGGAUUCGUACAUCCCGAAUCCCAUUUUGGAAAGGGUAUUACGUUCUGCGAUGAAUAAACCUGAGACUGCACAGGUACUGAGAGAAAUCAAAAGUCUUCAAGAGGCAGAGGCAAAUCGCGAGAACACUGCCACGAAGUUCCAACAGCAGACUCUUCCUUUAAAGAGUGAAGCCGAUAGCGUGCCGGCGACGCCUUUCCAGGAUCAGCUGAGGAGCGUUAAUCCGAUACCUGCAAUGACAGACACCAUUAAGCCUACAUUUGGACGACAAAAUUCAAGCGAUUCGGUUGGAUCGUUGACGGAUAAGAGGUCUUGUGGACCAUGCGGGAAUGAGGGCAAAGAUGUCGUUGACCGUAAAGAGACUUAUGCUGGUAUGCCUAUAAACACUUCGAAAAUGACCGCAUCUUACCCAUCGCAGCUGCAACAACAGAUCAGAUAUACGCAGAACGGAUAUACUCAAUACAUGCAAUCGAUAUAUCCGCAGACACAGAUAUCCUAUUCGAGAAAUCAGAUCAUGCCUUUAACUCAAACUCAAAAACCAGCCAGUCCUUAUCCCACGCAAAUCCACGGACAAUAUAUCCAGAAUGGUCUCCAACAAGCAAAGGUAUUACCUCAGAAAAACAGUUAUGGAACAUAUUAUCAACUAGAGCAGCAACACAAUCAAAUGAAUAAGCAGGCGAUUAUUCAACAGCAACAGAAUACUCUAAAUCAAAGGAUACCAUCUCAUAAUGCGAGUCCAAUAACCGUGCAGCAUUCGCAGCAACAGUUUCCAUAUCCACCUAAUCAGUCGCCGAGCCCGUAUCAAAAUCAAUACUCUCAAAAUUCCUUCCAGAAUCAUUCCUAUCAAACAAUCGUUUCGCAGAGUAGAAUGGGCCAACCAUUACCACAGUAUCAGCCACCGCCUAAUUCAUCUGCAUCUUAUCAACAGCAACAGCAACAGCAACAACAGCAGCAGCAAAAUGCACAAAAUUAUCAGCAGAGACAAGAUAACUACCAGCGACAAUUAGUAACUCAGAAGAUUGAUCAGCAAAAUUCUGCGGUGCCUAAUCAGACAUAUUCCAAGACGCUGCAGAACGGUCAAAUACAGCCUAACAUGAAGUAUCCGCCCUAUCAACAUCCCCCGCUUUCCAAACAGAUGCACUUUGCAAUGUCCACUGCAAAGAUUGUCCCAAUGGUCACACAGCCGAUAGUGACGCAGUCUUCCUUACAAACGUCGACGAGUAUUGCGACAUCCGCAAGAGCGUGCGUGACACCCUGUAACCUUUGUCGAAAAAGAAACGUACGUGAACCGACACUUUAUUGCACAGACUGUGAUUUUUACAUGUCUCGUUUUCGAGCUGGUAACAAAGCCACUUGAACCAAUUGAUUAGAAGAUUUGAAUUUCAUCAAACAUUGAGCCUCUUUACUAAAAAAAGUAGCAUUGUUCUUUUAUGUAAUGAAUUAAUUAACAACUCCAGUAAUAGAUAGAAUAUAACAGAACUGAUGCUCGCAAAAGUCCGAAAUGUUAACAUUUUCUACAAUCAUGUUUUAUUUCAAUGAUCUGUUGGCAAUCGCAAGGAUAUAUAAGGUUGAAUAUCAGGAGCGCAGUACUUAUUUCCUGUAUGUAACUUAUUAAAUCAUUACAUUUCGAUUACAUUAAAACUAAAAUUAAAUAUAUAAUAUCUCAUUAAAUUUCUAAUUAAAAUUCGAUCAAUUUCGAACGAUAUAUAUUAUUCAUAUUACUUUGUAUAUGUGUAUUAGAUAAUGUGUAUUAGAUAAUAUAACUAGAGACCCUCAUCGUGCAGCUAUUAAUAAUACUCGUGUACAAUAUUAUUAGUAACAUAACUUUUUUAUAAUGUUUAUAUUAAAUGUAGAAAAAGUUGUACUUAACUGUCAUUUUAGAUAUAUUUCGAUGAACUAGAUUAUUAUUGUAAGAAUGCAGAUUCUGUCAAAGAAACUGUAGAAGAAAGUUUAAAAUGUUUGUUAGAUCUUGUACUUAGUAAAAACAGCGAACUUAUAUUAAUACGUCUGAAUUGCUGCGUGAUUUACAUUUGUAAUAUUUUAGUACAUAUAUAUCUAUAGAUAAACUUAAUCAUUUUUCUUAUGUAAGAGAGAUCUGUAAAAUCAAUAAUUCAUAUAAAUUAGUACGAGUAAAAUGACAUUUUUAUUUUGAUAGUUUACUCUGCGUAUUAUUUGUACAUAUUUUGUUGAGAUGACGAGAGAGAUUGAAAUUGUGAUACUAGCCAUCAUAUGUAGAACUUAUCUCAUUAGGAUAGAAAUUGCAUCGUAUUAACUGCGAGGAAAUAGAAACAUAUAAAACCUGAUCUCUGAGAAUGCGUGGAGUUUAUUUUACGUUAAUGCGAUUUGUUAAACUAUAUUGACGAUAACGUGUCGCGGUUAUUGCAGAAAUUGAUAUUGUUUGUACAUAUGUUCUCCGGCGUUCGGAGAAAAUAUCGAUAACAAGCGAGAUGAACGAUCGAGAGAAUAAUUUUCUGUGAUCGUUUAAACUUUCUUUAUAAUUAAAAGGAAUAAAAUAAAUUUUAUUCGCGCCACAUUAACAAUCUUCAAAAUUAAGUCUUGUAUUAACAUAUAUUGCGUUAUUAUUGUAUCGCCUUUUAGAUGUUAUAUUUAAGUGCGUUAUUAGUGUAUCGCCUUUUAAAUGUUAUAUUUAAGUGUUAUAAGAUAUAAAUGUACAAAUAUCCGAUUUUAUACUUUUUGUAUGAGUAUUUUGUUUUAAAAAUACUUUAUUUUUAAGUGACACCUAAUAAAAGUACCCUUACAAUAUUA